CUGUCGGUUGCAUACUUUCAGCGUAAUUUAAACAAACUCAAUUAAAACAAAUAUUGUCAAUGAUUACAGAUUACAGUGGACAGAAUUAUUUCGAAAUGAACCGAAGGUCAAAAGAUAAAAAUGAAUUCAAGGCAUAAGCGGGCAUUCUAGCAAGUAGGUAGUUUGGAAUCUAUUUUAGGGAUUUAGAAAAUGUCUGCUUUGAACAGGUUAGCGUGUAGUUUGACUCGAACUAGUGGCACUGUGUUAGAAAAACACUUUGUGUCUAGUAUAUAUCCAGCUCGUCAUAAAGUUACGUUCAACUGGGAGGAUCCCCUCAAUUUAGAGUCGCAGCUUACUCAAGAUGAGAAGAUCAUCAGAGACUCCUUCAGAUCAUAUUGUCAAGAGAAAUUGUUACCAAGGGUGGUCCAAGCGAAUCGACAUGAGGUUUUCGACACGGAUACCUUGAAGGAACUAGGAGAAUUAGGAGCACUAGGUUGUACGAUUAAAGGCUAUGGAUGUGCUGGGAUAUCCAACGUGGCCUAUGGACUUUUAGCCAGAGAAAUAGAAGCUGUUGACAGCAGUUACCGUUCAUCUCUCAGCGUACAGUCUUCUCUAGUCAUGUCCUCGAUUGACCAAUUUGGUUCUGAGGAGCAAAAGGAGAAAUAUCUUCCGAAACUCGCUAAAGGAGAACUUAUUGGCAGUUUCGGCCUAACAGAACCUGACUAUGGUAGUGACGCAGGAGGCAUGGAAACAAAAGCAAUUUUUGAUUCCAAAACGAAGACAUACUUGUUAUCCGGGAGCAAAACAUGGAUCUCGCAUGCUCCAGUAGCGGACGUUUUCAUUAUAUGGGCAAAAUUAGACGGCAAAGUGAAUGGUUUCAUACUGGACAGAAAGCACCAGACCGAGGACAGUCUAAAAACACCCAAGAUAGAAGGAAAACUGUCCCUGAGGAUAUCAUCCACAGGUAUGGUCCUGAUGAACAACGCCAUCUGCCCCGAAGAAAAUAGGUUACCAAACGUGGUUGGCAUGAAAGGACCUCUCAGUUGCCUAACCAACGCCAGGUAUGGCAUCGCUUGGGGUACCAUGGGAGCAGCAGAGUCCUGUUUGAGGUUAGCAAGAGAUUACACGUUGGAGAGGAAGCAGUUCAACAAGCCCCUUGCGGCCAACCAGCUCAUGCAGAAGAAAAUGGCGGAUAUGAUGACUGAAAUAGCGUUAGGGUUGCAAGCUUGCUUGCAUGUUGGGAGACUGAAAGACCAGAACAUGCACUGCCCAGAGAUGAUAUCCCUUCUCAAGAGGAACAAUGCUGGAAAAGCUCUGGAAAUCGCCAGGGUAGCUAGAGAUAUGCUUGGUGGAAAUGGUAUUCAUGAUGAAUAUCACAUAAUGAGACAUAUGAUCAAUUUAGAAACUGUCAAUACUUAUGAAGGGACACACGAUAUACAUGCCUUGAUACUGGGAAAAUCUAUAACUGGAAUAGCCGCAUUCUAAACUGUGAAAUAUUAUCAAUAAAAUGAUCCUAAAGUUA